CACCAGCGCUAAGUGACUCCUGCAAAAACACAGGCAGCGAUCCGCGGCGUGGGAAUGUUGUCAUUCAUCCUUGCUGGAAGAAGAAUACUUCAAACAGCCCAUUUAGUCGUUCUUUGAGGAGUGAAAUAACAGAAGUGCUAUUUUUUUUUAAUGUUGCUCUUUGCGUAAACAAGACUCUACAACCUCGCGGCACUCAAUCGGCUUUUGAGAAUCCACAGGUUCUUCCUCUUCGCUCGGUUUAUUUUUAUUCUACUUCUGUGCUUCUGGAGCUGAAAUAGAGCAGCAGCAGCAGCAGGUCUGUUGUCCCGAUGCCCCGUGGGCCUGUUUAUUGAUGAAGUUGGUGUUUUCUUGAUUUUUUUUUUUUUGGGACGACUCGAAUUUAACCGAGCGAGCAGAUCUCCCGCAGGCUCGAUUCCGCAAGUCUCGACGGGCCUCUGAAGGAGUAAAGGGUUUUUACUCUUGAAGACCAAAGUUGCCUCGCGCGCUCAUCCGCCGAAGAGCGGCGCUGUCCGUGGUCCUGAAGUCCUCUCCACAACUCCUGCUAUUCCCACAACUUCAGGGUUUCCCCCAAAAGACAACAGCUGGAAGGGACACCGUCUGCCAGCGGCCCCGGGAAGAGCCUAAUAUGGUAACGCCGACCAGAGUUCCUCUGCAAACUUUGGUGCUUUUGUGUUUCGUUGUCCACCCGAGCCGGCCGGUAUGUGUCGAUAUCCCGUCGGAGACCGAUGCGGUGCUGGGGAAAUCCAUGAAGUUGACCUGCAUAUCUUGUAUAAAGAGGGAUGAGAUCAAAUCAAAGACACAUGUGGAUUGGUACUACAUGCCAAACAAAGAAAAGGACGCUCCGCCUAACAAAACCCAUAUAUACAAGUAUGAUGUUGAUAGUCCAGUUGAAUCGGAUGGGCCGUUUAAAGGCCGUCUGGAAUGGAAUGGGAGCCAGGAUUUGCAAGAUGUCUCCAUUCGAAUCAUCAACGUCACCUACGGUGACCGAGGCAUUUACGAAUGCGUCGUCCAUCGCCAGUUUGAGUUUGACUCCUUCAAACCCUCCGUCUCCCUCACCAAGGAAAUCAAGCUGACUGUGAAAGCAAAAGCCACUGGAGAUGCCGCGGCGCUCUACUCUGAGAUCAUGAUGUAUGUGCUGCUCGUCUGCUUGACCUUCUGGCUGCUGGUAGAGAUGGUCUACUGCUACAGGAAGAUUUCCAAGUCAGAUGAGCAGGCACUGGACACAGCGACAAACUACCUAGCCAUCCCUUCUGAGCAGAAGGACAACCCAGCCGCUCCUGUUACCGAAUAAAAGCUGUUGUCAGUGACACGAUAUUAACCAAUCACGAUGGAACUUGGACGACAGCAGAAGGCAAAGAGUCCACAAGCUGGACGGAGCCACUUGGAAGGUUUCAUCACUCCCAAACAGCCAUGGGAAUCUGGCCCAAAAAGUGCUGCUUUUUCUCCUAAUGUACUCUUAUUUCUUUAACUUUCAUACCAGGCAUCUUACAUGAAUUGUUUUGUCAAAUGCAGCAGGUUAAAGAACACAAAUAUCAGUGCCCUGCACAAUAUUAUCAGAUAAAUGUCGUCUGUGCUUUGCCGUCGACUUUGUUCUCAGUAGUUAGUGGUGCCACUGGGACUUAUAACCUCAAAACAAGAGAAAUGAUCCAAUGAAAGAAACUGUCCUCUUGGCUGUUAUAUACAACUUGUGUACAGACUCUGCAGUUCUCGUUAAGUUAAUUUUGUAUCAUUACAAUUUAUAGGCCGUGCCUGGAUUUUAUUCGUUCUCGCCAACGUCUUUUUACGACAGUGGAUGGAGCGUUUAUACUGUAUGAAUGUGCAAUUGUCGCUGUUGUACUGUGUGCAUCGGUGAAACCGCAAUGUAAUGGAACAAUAGAGAUAUUUGUAUUGUAUUUGGUGAAUCUAUGUGAGUCAAUCUAAAUUCCUCUAGAGGUCGUUAGGUAUAAAAAUGUUACAUGUGUUCAGUACUGACGUCGAAUUAAAUCGAGGUUAAGUCUUACUUAAACUGUGGCUGGUGUUCUAUAACAGCAUUGCUAUUGAGAUGAAAUGUGCGUGCAGCUGUAUAGAAAUGUGCAUAUUAUUUCAUCCAAAAAAUGUGUGCGUGAGCUCCUAUUGAACUAUUAAAUGCAAUGCUUUUGUGUUGAAGCACUGUUUACUGAAAAGUUCUGACUUACUAAUGUUUAAUUGUAAGUGCAGAUGUUAUUGGAAUUACGCAGCAAUUGAGUCCACUUGGAUGUUGAGAGGAAAAUACAAUAUCUACUUUCAGCACCAUCUGUCUUAUGUUCUUCUUAUUAUCUUUGGCUCUAGUGCUAAUGAAAUGUAAGACAUGGGCUCGAAAACAACACAAUAAGGAACUGUUGUUUCCAGCUCCCAUUAGUGCAGAAAAACAGCUAACGAAUAAGCAUUUCAAUUUUCAUUUGCUUUUUAUUGUCUGUCUAAUAAAGCUGAAACAAAGCAUAGGGUUAUUUGGCGGAAGCAGAGCUGGUGCAGAAAAGCAGGAACAAAGAUAAAGGGGAACUGUCAAAGGGAGGUGAUGUACAUUGCACUUUUAACUAGCCGUGACCCACAGCAGAGACGGAUAUAGCAGCAGCUGUUGUUAUAGCAACCCAGGCAUGCCUAUAGUGAGGUAGAUUGCCUGAGAAAGAAAUUACUAUGUGAGUUGGUUUAUUACUUACCAUGCAUAAAAUAUAUACAGAAGACACCAGUCCCCCAGCGUGCUUCACUAAUAGAGGCUUAAUAGACAGAAGAAAUACCUACCAAGGCCAGAUAAAUUGUCUGAAUAGCAAAUUGUUCAUGUAAAAAGUGAAACCGUUAUCCAUCAAUCAAGUGGCCACAGAUUCUGCAACACAUUCCAUAAACUCUGCAACAGUAUGAACAGAAUUACGGCUUUGCGAUGCAUAAUAAAAGUGUACCUCCCCAAGGA